AGUCUCCAUGGCAACAUAACAACAGAGCUCAGAGACAAGAAGGAAACGGAGCAAAGGACGAGAAGACAAAACUGAGACGAAGCAAAGGAAAAGGUGAACAGGAGAGGAGUCAUGCUGACCUGUUUCCGUGGCAACCGAGAGGAAUUUUAUGGCGAAGUUCUCCUAUUGGAUGAGAGGAAGAUUACAUUAACGGGCAAUCAAGGCCUCAAAAAGUCCUCACGGGCAGCGGCCAUCUUGGACCAGGUGUUUUCUCUGCUGCAGGUGGAGGAAGUGGAGUUUUUUGGUUUGAGGUUCUGUGAUGACAAACAGCAGAUGCACUGGUUGGAUCCUUCCAGAACAAUCUACCAACACAGAGAGCUUAUUGGACCUCCGUACAUUUUCUACUUUGGAGUUAAAUUUUAUGUCGAGGAUCCGUCCAAACUGAAGGAGGAAACUACACGGUUUCAGUUUUACCUGCAGGUGUGUCAGGAUGUGCGGCGAGGUCGACUGCCUUGCCCCGCCUACCUCAAACCUCGACUCUUUGCACUGAUGCUGCAGGCUGAUGGAGGGGAGUGGAGGAAGGCGGAGCAGAGGGAGGUGGGGCAGGUGGAGGCGGGGCAGAGGGAGGCGGGGCAGAUGGAUGACAAAGUCAAAGACAUCUACAGAUCAAUCGGUGGUGUCUCUCGCCCUCAGGCUCAGUCCCUCGUCCUCUCUCUCUCCAGUUCUCUGCAGAUGUUUGGAGUUUUUCUGUUCGCUGCAUACGGUGAAAACCAAACUGAGUACUUCCUGGGUCCAACUCCAGUGGGAGUGGUCAUCUACAAGAACAAAGUGCUGGUUGGAAAAUAUUUCUGGCAGAGAAUCUCUAAACUUCACUUUAAAGAUGAAACCUUUGAACUCCGAGUCAUCAGAAAGAACGGCUCAGAGACAUCAUUCUUCUUUCAGACAUCUGGUCAGUCUGACUGUAGACGUUUGUGGAGGUGUUGUGUUGAGCAUCACGUCUUCUUCAGGAUGUCAGAGCGGAAUCCAAAAAAACACAAAAGUGUUAGUCGUUCGCCCUCUUUCUCUCUGCGUCACCUGAACUUCAGCAUCAGAAAAAAAAACAUCAACAAAACAACCGAAGUCUGCAAGCGACUGAAACAUCACACCAAUCACAGGGUGAGUGAUCCAAUAACUACACAGACAGCGCCCCCUGCUGUUCAUAGGUCAGACGACGGGCCAGACCCAGACAAUGUGGAGCCCAGUGCACCAUGGGAAAUCAGCGCCCCCCUGAGCGGCCUUUUUAACCCAAAGUUUCCUCCAAACACCAACGAAGAAGAAGAAAAACAAGAUGGAGGACGACCACAGAGGCGGAGCAGAAGUCUAGAUGGGGAUCGACCAAUCAGAAAGAAGGGCAGGAGGUCUCGUUCCCAUGGCAACACAAGCAGUGGCAGCGAAUCAGAAAAGCCGGGGAGUAACCGGGAGCGACGUAGUAGAAGUUCAAAGAAUCGCGGUUGCCAUGGUGACAAUAAGUCCCGGUCCCGAGCCCGAUCAUGCAGUCCUGAUGCACAAACAUGGAGACACAUCCAGAAGCAGCUGGUGGAGCAUGAAGGUUUAAUUGACAGGCAGACAGAGGAAAUUCAUUUUAUGGAAGUGAGAGUUUUGGGAGAGCCAAUUAGAAGACGCCAUGCUCCAAGGGGGCGGAGACAUCGACAGUGGGCAUCGACUUCAAAUCGAGAAUCAAACACCAAAAUGGUUCCUCCUCUUCCUGUUACCAAAGCAACCAUUACUUCAGGACAUUUACCCACAAUUCCCUGAGUCAAACGUCUCUUUACCAAGCAUGGAUCCCUGAAAGAAAGAGAGAACUACAGGGACUAUCACAUAGAUUAUUUAAGAGUUCACUACAGAGUGUACAAUAGAGUACACUUCAGAGUGUACUACAGAGUGUACUUCAGAGUGUACUUCAGAGUGUACUUCAGAGUGUACUACAGAGUGUACUACAGAGAGUACUACAGAGUGUACUACAGAGAUUACUACAGCGAGUACUACAGAGUGUACUACAGUGUACUACAGAGUGUACUUUAGAGUGUACUUCAGAGAUUACUACAGAGUGUACUACAGAGUUUACUACAGAGUGUACUACAGAGAUUACUACAGAGAUUACUACAGAGAUCAUUACAGAGUAUACUACAAAGAGUACUACAGAGUUCACUACAGAGAUUACUACAGAGAGUACUACAGAGAUUACUACAGAGGUCACUACAGAGAGUACUACAGAGAGUACUACAGAGAUUACUACAGAAUGUACUGCAGAGAGUACUACAGAGUGUACUACAGAGAGUACUACAGAGAUUACUACAGAGUGUACUACAGAGUGUACUACAGAGAGUACUACAGAGAUUACUACAGAGAGUACUACAGAGAGUACUACAGAGUUUACUACAGUGUACUACAGCGAUUACUACAGUGUACUACAGAGUGUACAACAGAGUGUACUACGUGCAUGUUUUUAUUACACUGUAAAAGGUUUCUUACAGUGAGAGUAAGAGAGAGCGAACUAAUUGUAUGUUUUUAUUACUCUGUAAAACAUUUCCUUCAGUAUAAUAAAAGUA